CUGGACCACCAUCCAAGGAAAUAGAAUGCCGUAUGCGAACCACAGAAGAUGUGUGAAGAUUGUAGCAUGCAGUUUGAACGGUCUUUUCUGGGUAACUGGCACUUUGUUCGUUGGAGUAGCCGCUUGGUCUGUGGCUACAGGAUCACAAGUUAGCCUUGUAGAUCAGCAAAGAUUUGUGUCGCAUUCAGCAAGCAACGCCGGUUUUGCGGCCUUAGAAGGAGAAAUUUUAAAGUGUAUGAAGUACGACACCCAAGUGUUUUCAUCUGGUGCUCUCUUCUUUCCACUUGCAGUUGAAUCAUUUGGGACAUGGACGGAUGUCAGCUUGAGUACAUUAAAGACUAUAGCAUCUAAACCUGUUUCUGUUUCAUUCUAUUCCUUUUAGUCAGUCUUUAAAUAAUUUGUUGCAGCAAUUGUCAGUUAAGUUGUGGUCGUAUAAUGCACGCAUGAUUCUGCGUAGAUUGUUGUUAGACAAUAAUGACUGUAAUUUUAGUUUAUGGGA